UUGAUUUUUAGUUUAGAUCUUUUUCUUAUUGUGAGGAUAGGAAUGAUAACUUCUAAAACUCUUUACAUGUCAGAAGUUUCUGCUCAGCUUUAACUUUUGAAACCCUCCGCACCUUUGCUUCUAUUCAAGUCCAGAGCAAGUAGCAAGACGACUGGUCAUGCCCUCAGAGCACCACAUGUAGAAGGCACAAAUGUUAUUAAGAUGGAUUUUAAAGAAAUGCUUUCUAAACAUUUGUUACAAUUACAUGCGAGUAGCAUAUUCACAGAUACAGCAGCUGGUUACCAAAGAUGGUUGGACUAAGGGAGGUCAAAUUCAUUCAUUUGUUCCAGAAAUAUUUACUGAGCACCUACUGUGUGCUAAAUACCGUUACAGGUCUGCAGUACAGUAAUGAACAAAAUAGAUUAAAAUGUACACUCUUAGCUUACAAGCUAGUUGGAGAACAUAGGUGAUAAGUAGGUAAAAUGUUCUGUAUAUCAGAUGGUGAGAAGUGUGAUGGAGAAAAAUAAAUCUGGGCAGGGGAGAGGGAGUUCAAGGGGUGGAAGCAAGGGAAGGGAAUGCAUUAUUAGGUAGGGUGGUCAAGGAAGGUCUCCCUGAAAACAUCCCCUUUGAGUAGACACCUGUCUACUUGUCUGGCAAUGAGAGAGGAAAAGUAACCAUUACAGGUUGAAAAGGAAGAAAUAAAACUGUCUUGUUCUCAGAUGACCUGAUUGUCUAUGUAGAUAAUCCCAAAGAAUCAACAAAAACAACAAAAAUCCUGGAACUAAAUGUAAAUAUGCUGGGAAGAACAUUUCAGCAGAGGAACAGCCAGCGUGGAAGUCUGUGAGUUUGAUGCAUUCUUGAUAAUGAAAGAUGGUUUGCAAGAGGAACCAGAUUACACUGGGCCCUGUUUUUAUGCUGAGGGCAAGAUGGCAGCAGAUGAGGGUGCACGGGACACCUUGCGGCUCCAGUUCAAGGCCAUGCAGGAGAUGCAGCACAAAAGGUUGCAGAAGCAGAUGGAGAAACAGAGGGAAAAGGAACGGAGCCUCGAAAGCAAAGUUGAUGACCAAAAAGAGCCCUUGGAGAUCUCGGAUGGCCUCAGCCUUCUCCAAGCUGGGGAGCAAAACUCAAAAAACAGCUUCGAGCAGAGGAUGCUUGAAGAGGAGAUCACACACCUUCGAGAGCAGCUCAGGGAGACAGUGGAUGAAAAUGGGCGAUUAUAUAAGCUGCUGAAGGAAAGGGACUUUGAAAUCAAACAUCUCAAAAAGAAAAUAGAAGAGGACAGAUUUGCCUUCACAGGGACAGCUGGUCUGGCUGGGGAUGUGAUCGCCACCAAAAUCGUCGAGCUGUCCAAAAAGAACCGGGCGCUGAUGGCAGAGUCAGAGGGUGCGAAAACCAGAGCGAAGCAGCUGAACAAUCGCAUCCGGGAGCUGGAGCGGGAACUGCAGGCGGCCCAGGCCAGGCUACCAGCCAAGGCGGCCACCGACGUGGGAGCCAAGGCGCCGAGGGCUCAGAUGGGAGACAGAGCCUUGCCGGAGACCCCAGAGGUGAAGGUCUUGCAGGACAGGCUGGCAACCACAAACCUGAAGAUGAGUGAACUCCGCAACAAGAUCCAGUCUGUGAAGCAAGAGCUCCGGAUGGCCCAGAAGGUUUUGACCAGUGAGGUUGGGGAAGAUGUGAAUGUCCAGCAGCUCCUGUCCUCUCCUGGGACCUGGAGGGGUCGGGCUCAACAAAUUCUCGUUCUGCAAAGCAAGGUUCGUGAGCUUGAGAAGCAGUUGGGACAGACCCGGAGCCAGUCUGCAGGAACGUCCAGUGAUGAGCCGUCUGUCUAUCCAGACCCAAGGAAGCUGUCUGCACAGGAGAAAAACCUGCUGAGGAUCCGCAGCCUGGAAAGGGAAAAACAGGAGGGCUGGGAGAAACUUGUGGGGGAGCGGGAUGGCCUCCAGAGAGAGCUUGAAGAACUGAAAAAGAAGUUUGAGGGCAUGAGGUCCCGGAACAAGGUGCUAUCAAGCGAAGUGAAGACGCUGAGGAGUCAGAUGGGGACCCUGGUGGAGAAGGGCAGGCAUGACGAUGAGCUCAUCGACGCCCUCAUGGACCAGCUGAAGCAGCUGCAGGAGAUCCUGGGCAGCCUGAGUCUACAGGAGGAAAAGACACGGGCAUCCCAGCUCCGCCUGGACCAGCAGCUCAACAGUGAGGCUCAGCGGAACAGCAGCCUUGUUGCCCAGUUGCAGGCCAUGGUGGCCGAGAGGGAGGCCAAGGUGCAGCAGCUGGAGCUGGAGAUUGGGCAAUUGGGUGUGCAGUAUCUUCGGAAUAAAGGAGUGGGCGAGGGGUCCGGUGGGCCUGAGGUCAACCCUGCCUACACUAAGUUCCUGGAGGACCCGGGCCAGACCAAGUCCCCGGCCUCAGCAGGUGAUCACGUUGGCAGGCUUGGAUCUUCUCGCUCGGUGACCAGCCUGGGCCACACGCUGGUGGAAUCUGCUCUCACGUGGCCUUCUCUGCCCAGUCCUCAUGGGGCCUCAGCCAGGUUCUCGGACUCCCCAGAACAAAAGGGCUGGCAGGCACAAGUGACAGAGUUCAAGGCCCUCUGGCAGGCUGCUGAGGUGGAGCGCGACCGGCUCACCGAGUUUGUCACUGUCCUACAGAAACGGGUGGAGGAGAGCAACAGCAAGCUUCUGGAAUCAGAGAAGAAGCUGCAGGAAGAACGGCAACGCACCGUGGUGCUGGAGCAACACCUGGAGAAGAUGCGCCUGGAGCCUGGGAGGACGUCAGUCUGUCAGAGAGCAGCCCCCAGGAGCAAAGCAGGUCUGCCCACCUCCAACACCAGGCACAACCCGAACGGGAGUGAAAGGAAGGACCCCUCCUUCACCCAGCUCUCCAACGUGCCCAUGGAAUCACAGAUGGAGGAGCUGACCACCAGGCUGGCCAUCCAGGCGGAGGAGAAUGAGAUGCUGAAGGCUGCCCUGGGCAGCGCCCUGCGUGGCAAGGAGGAGGACUUCCGUAUGUACCACGAGACCCUGGGCCAGGUGAAAGGGGUCUUCCUGCAGGCCCUGCGGCAGCAGAAGGUGGACAAGCACUAGGACGGUGGCUCAGUGUCAGCCUGGCUGGACGAGGCAGCCUUAGGCUCUGAGACGAUGAGGCUCUGUCGACGCCAUCUGCUCUGGCAGCCAACCUGGGGCAACCAGCUCAGCCCCUUCUCCCAGAAGAGUUUCCCCGAGGGUGGCCAAAGCCAACAUCUCAGACCAGGAGGGCAAAGGAAAAACCCCGGUUGAGCCCUGACGGAGACCCUGGACAGGCGUGGAUACGGCAGGGGAGGAGGCCCAGCUGCCUGCUCAGCACCGGCGUGAGCUCUUGGACGACAAGCCGGCUGUGAACAGACGGCGGUCCCCUGGGCAGGUGCUCACCACCCUUGUCCUAGGACCUAGCUGGGAGUCCCUGUCUGCCCACAUGGCUCCAUAUGCACAGGCCAGCCCUUCGUGCUCCAGCUGGGAGCGUCCCUCAGGCCAACCAGCCCCCCCACACACCAGGGCAUAUACCCCCCAUUCUCCCCUCCAUGGCUCCAUCCGUGGCCACCCCCAACCUUUGCAGCCUUGGGGACAUGUGCUCCCAGCCACUUUGUCAGCCUGCUCUCCAGGGGUCUUCCUUAGAUGCAGACCCUCAGACUUGUAAUAAUAAUGAUUAUUUUCAUAGUCGCCACAAGUCCUAGUGAGUGAGCAUCUGUUGUGGAAACCUGACCCCAUCUAGUCCUUUAGUAACCCAAGGAUUUGUCACCCUAUUUUGCAAAUGAAGAAACUGAGGCUUAUAGAAAGAAGCUGGGCUAACAUUUAACCCUCCAGUUGAGCAAUUAGCCAGGACGGGAGUGCCACCCCCCUCAGCCAGCUGCUCCGGGGGUCACCUCCGUUUGCUUCCAAAAAGGCUGCCUCUAGUGGAUGCUGGUGGUGGAGGGCAGGUAUGGAGCUGGGCAGGAGCUCCAGGCAGGAGGAUUCCGAGGCAGCGAGCCCAGGCAAAGGCAUGGUGUUCCUCCCUCACGACCACACAGGGGAGCGCUGGGAGGGCUGCGGCAGGAGAGCCCCCAGGUCCCUCUGUAACUGUCACAGGGUCACUCCCUGCUUCACUGCACUUACGGCCAUGGGGAGGGGUGGCCCUAAGGAAAGCCAUCCACAGCCACACACACCGACCAGACCCCCUGGCCACACCUGUGUGCACACAGGCCCACACAAAGGCACAGAUGCACACAAAUACCUACACCUGGGAGUACGCAGCCAUACGAGAGCGGCGUUCA